ACAGGAAGGAAAUUCAAAUGUCAUGUGACCAUGGACUCCUGCAACACGUGACCACAACAAUUUAAUGGCGGCGGUGGGUUAUUGUACAGCUGGACUUGCAGCCAGAACAGGACUGGGAGGUAUCUUGCAAAGAGUUUCUUGUCUACGAAGUUGUAGUCCCCCCACAGCUCUUCUAUGUCAGCAACACCGUCGCUUCUUUUGGAGGAAGUGGAAAAGUUCUCACAAUGUGGUUCAUCCAGCUACUGUACGACCGGCUUACGCAGUUCCCAAGCACAUUGUGCGACCUGACUAUGUUGGCACUGGACUGGUCCCAGAAUGGCCGGACUACAUUGAGAUCAAAAACCAAGAGCAAAUUGAAGGCCUUGCCAGGGCAUGUCAGCUAGCCAGACACAUACUGCUACUAGCUGGGCGCAGUUUGAAAGUUGGCAUGACAACAGAUGAAAUAGACUUCAUUGUACACCAGGAGACGAUUAGGCACAAUGCUUACCCCUCCCCUCUCAGAUACGGGGGUUUCCCCAAGUCGGUGUGUACAUCUGUGAACAAUGUGGUCUGCCAUGGCAUACCUGACAGUCGGAAACUUGAAGAUGGGGACAUCAUCAACAUUGAUGUUACUGUGUAUUUGGACGGUUACCAUGGUGAUACCUCAGAAACCUUUUUGAUUGGUCAGGUGGAUGAGACUGGGCAGCGAUUGGUGGAGACUGCCAGGCGCUGCAGAGAUGAGGCCAUCACUGUGUGCAAGCCAGGUGCAGAGCUCUGUGUUAUAGGAAACACUAUCAGUGAAAUAGCCCAAGCCAAUGGCUUUCAAGUGUGUCCAUAUUUCAUUGGACAUGGAAUAGGCUCCUACUUUCAUUGUCAUCCUGAGAUUUGGCAUCACGCCAAUGACAAUAACAUAACCAUGGAUGAAGGGAUGGCUUUCACAAUAGAGCCCAUACUGAUGGAGGGAUCUGUGGAGUUCAGAAUCUUAAAGGACAAGUGGACUGCAGUUUCAGUUGAUGAUAAAAGGUCUGCUCAGUUUGAACACACAGUGGUGAUCACAUCUGAUGGAGUGGAGAUCCUCACCAAACUACCAGAGGAGAGCAAUAUGUGAUGUGACUGAAUCUCAGCACUGACUUCAACAGAGCAUCAAUAGAGGAUGCAAAGUAUUAAGCCACAAACUGGACUGAUGGCUCAUUCAUACAUUUCCAACAAGUACACAGAUCGUAACCUAGAAGGGAAACCAACAUGUGGUUUUCAUUACAUACCAAGUAUUACAGGCAGUGAGGCUGUGAAUUAUGGCUGCUGGUGCUUCAUUAUUUAAGUUGGAUUUUAUGCAUGUUGGGUGUAUUUAUGCUGUUUGCACAAAGAUGAUCACAGGUUUCUUAUCAAUAUUUGGUUAAUGACAGUUAAUCAUGGAGAACAGAAACCACAAUCUAGUUUUUCCAGAUAAACCAAAAUGGCGGCUACUGUAAUAAAACCACUAAACCUAUUUCAGUUAUGUUUCCUAUUUCACUUUCUUUUUUCUAAUGGUUAAAUACAGUUUCAAAGCAUACAUUACACCUGUGGUUCCCAAUCUGGGGUUCUUACCCCCACUUGAGACGUGCCAUAGAGCACAGGAAGUCAAGACUUUUUGGCUGUACGGAGCAUGUUUAAUGUCAAAACUAAAUGAACACUGAGCAACAUAAGAACACAUUGGUGACUGGAUCUUCAAAAUCUACUGUAAGAAACGUUUGAAAAGAUAUAUACUUAAGUAUAAAAUUAGAAGACCUUACCUCAAUGACUUGUGCAUCCAUUAUAUUUCCAUCUAUGCAGUGUGUGGUGUAGUGAGGUGGGCAAGGGAGUAGUUCAUGUCUAAUCUGGUAACCUGUAUUUUUGAUACGCUAAUUCAUUAUUAUAAUGUGGUAGAAAAAGUUCAAACUAUCUGGCGCUCGGACAGUACAGUCAAAGAGUUGAUAAGAUGGCUGUAGGUUGUCAGAACCAGCUGCAUAAGAAACGUAGGAAUGUUUGCAAUUCAUGUGCACGAAACAACAGUCAGAUAUGUUCUUAUCCUUGGUGUGCAAUAUGUUGAAGGUUAUUACUUGAAACAAGACAUUCUUGUGUCCGUCAAUCUAGUCACAACAAACUAAGAUUUUAAUCUAACAGCUAUGAAAAUACUGUGUGCUGUGCUGAAGAGGCUACAGCAAUGAGGGGCAUAAACUAGGGAUUUAAAAGCAGAUUGGGAAAAAAGUUCAUCCCAGACAAAAUGAUAAGCAGUUUUUCACGAUACUGGUGGGGGACCACUGCACAACACCACAAAGUAUAAAACUGUGUUAGACCAUACAGAUAUUUUUUUAGUUCAGUUUUCUCCUAGAAAGCUAUUGAAAUAUAUAAAAUUAAUAUUAAAAAUAUUUAAAUGUAAUCCUCUUCAUGUCAUUAAAUCCACAUUUAGAUACCUCGGAUGACCUGUUAGUGACAGUCACAACUCGGACUUUUACUUGUAACUACCUAGUGAACUUUUGAGCUAUGCUUUUUGUUCAUGAAAUGCAAAAUGUUUAUAAUACUACAUUGGUUUAACCACAGGAAAUUUACCUCCUGCUAAGUGUUAUUGUGUACUAUCAAGUGUAGCCAGCAGAGGGCAGCACACGCUGUCAGACGCUUAUGUAUUGCAUCGUUUUUACUGUGGUCAUUCCUGACUGCACCAUGUUUUACCUGCUUUAUACCAUUUCUGGCCCAGUGUCAUGGAGGAAAAUUCCACAUUUGCAGAUCUAAGUCAAGCCCAUGUACUGAUGUACUGAACUGUCACCAUUUAAUAAACGUCACUCGUGGGUUAAUGUUACUGUUCUGAAUGGUGACAGUCUUCGUUUGAUCACCAUAUAAUGUAAUAUAAUCUCCUGUAGAUUAUGCAUAGGUUGGGUGCACACUUCACCAGUUAACAUGGACAAUAAUGGGAUAUAAAUUCCAGACAUAACACGUAGUAUUUUUUUUUCUCUCCUCCAGUGAUGUGUUCAGGGUGCAUAAUGUCCAUUAUGUUUUUCAAUUGUUUCUACUUAAUGUAAUCUAACUCAGGAGCUGGGUGAACAGAGGAUGUUUUAUAGAAAAAAGGGGAAGAAUAAUUGGAUUCCAGCCCACUGAAGGGUGUGUUUUCAUUUCCUGCCAAUAUGUUCUUGAGUGCACCAUGUGUGUGUAUGUGUUAGUGAGUUUGUGUGCUCAUACCAAUAAAGGUUUAUGGGUGAUGCAGGAAGGAUUAAGCAAAUAAAGGUGGGUCAUCUACUCCGGAUUUCAAAUAUUUCCUCCCAGGAAAUGAUUCACGCCUUAGAUUUUAUUAGUCUUGAUAUUAGAUGAGAAAAAUUAGGUUUGUGUUCUUUUGUUUUGCUUCUAAUCAAAUUGAUAUUAAAACUGAAAAAGACACCCCAAAAAUACUAAAAUAACAUCACUAUUCAAACCCACUGACACGUGUUUCAGGGAAUGACUGACAUCAAAUCUGAAAAAGACAUAAGGUUUGUAUGGAAGGAGAUUUAAAUAGAAGCCACAGGUAGAAGAUAUUGAGACUGAUAAGGAAGGAGUAUUUUGGGAAGAACAGGGAGUGGCAGAAUGAGGUGUCAGUGAUCUGUUUUACCUUUCAUUCUUUUUCGGCAUGUUGGGACUUAUUCCUGAACUCUAGGUCUGCAGGUUUUUCUUUGAACCCUCAUCUGUGUCCAUGGAGUACAUAGAAUAAAAUUUCAACUUU